GAGCCUCCCAGAGGACAGUUUGAAACAGGGGAAGGCAGAGAAGGGACCUGGGAGGAGGCAGAAGGAGGGCGGGGACGGGGGGGCUGGGGCUCGGCCCAGGGGCUUGGGUGGCAUCCUGGACCGGGCAGGACAGGGGGCUGAGGCGUGGGUAGGAGAGAAUGCGCCUCUCUAAAACCCUCGCCGACAUGGAUAUGGCUGACUACAGUGCUGCCCUGGACCCAGCCUACACCACCCUGGAGUUUGAAAAUGUGCAGGUGUUGACCAUGGGCAAUGACACAUCCCCGUCUGAAGGUGCCAACCUCAAUUCAUCCAACAGCCUGGGCGUCAGCGCCCUGUGCGCCAUCUGUGGUGAUCGGGCCACCGGCAAACACUACGGAGCCUCAAGCUGUGACGGCUGCAAGGGAUUCUUCAGGAGGAGCGUGAGGAAGAACCACAUGUACUCCUGCAGGUUUAGCCGACAAUGCGUGGUGGACAAAGAUAAGAGGAACCAGUGUCGUUACUGCAGGCUCAAGAAGUGCUUCCGGGCUGGCAUGAAGAAGGAAGCUGUCCAAAAUGAGCGGGACCGGAUCAGCACACGGAGGUCAAGCUACGAGGACAGCAGCCUGCCCUCCAUUAAUGCGCUCCUACAGGCAGAGGUCUUGUCCCAGCAGAUCACCUCUCCCAUCUCUGGGAUCAAUGGUGACAUUCGGGCAAAGAAGAUUGCCAACAUCACGGACGUGUGUGAGUCUAUGAAGGAACAGCUGCUGGUUCUGGUCGAGUGGGCCAAGUACAUCCCGGCCUUCUGCGAACUUCUCCUGGAUGACCAGGUGGCGCUGCUUAGGGCCCAUGCUGGUGAACACUUACUGCUCGGAGCCACCAAGAGGUCCAUGGUGUUUAAGGAUGUGCUGCUCCUAGGCAAUGACUACAUAGUCCCUCGGCACUGUCCGGAGCUAGCCGAAAUGAGCCGUGUGUCCGUCCGCAUCCUCGAUGAGCUGGUCCUGCCCUUCCAAGAGCUGCAGAUAGACGACAACGAAUAUGCCUGCCUCAAAGCCAUCAUCUUCUUUGACCCAGAUGCCAAGGGGCUGAGUGACCCAGGCAAGAUCAAGCGGCUGCGGUCGCAGGUACAAGUGAGCCUGGAGGAUUACAUCAACGACCGGCAGUACGACUCUCGGGGCCGCUUUGGAGAGCUGCUGCUACUGCUGCCCACUCUGCAGAGUAUCACCUGGCAGAUGAUCGAGCAGAUCCAGUUCAUCAAGCUCUUUGGCAUGGCCAAGAUUGACAACCUGCUGCAGGAGAUGCUGCUUGGAGGAUCUGCCAGUGAUGCACCCCAUGCCCACCACCCCCUACACCCUCACCUGAUGCAAGAACACAUGGGCACCAAUGUCAUAGUUGCCAACACGAUGCCCUCUCACCUCAGCAAUGGACAGAUGUGUGAGUGGCCCCGACCCAGGGGGCAGGCAGGUGGGCAGCCUGGGGUCUACCCUACAAGGGCCACUCCCGAGACUCCACAGCCAUCACCACCAAGUGGCUCGGGCUCUGAAUCCUACAAGCUCCUACCAGGAGCCAUCACCACCAUCGUCAAGCCUCCCUCUGCCAUUCCCCAGCCAACGAUCACCAAGCAAGAAGCCAUCUAGCAAGCCGCUGGGGGUCGGGGGUUCUGCUGGCUCACAACCUCAGAGGAGCGCCUGGGUGUAACUUAGUCAUGGCAAAGAAGAUAUGACAAGGGGGACCAGUCCCAGAGCAGCUAUGGAAAGAAUGCGAGGCUCAAAAAAAAAAAAAAAAAAAA